AGUCCCAUCACUAGAAUUAAAAACACAGGCAGCAGCAGUUUAGUUUAGCUCGCUAAGCGCUUUAAUCUUUAAUCAGAAUAAGUUAUCCACCUACUUUAAGCUUGGAGCGCCGCGUAACAAAGCCAAUACACUAAUGUCCAUAACCUUACUGCGAGGUGGCAAGCAAAAGACAACCACUUGCGUAGGAAUGACCGUAAUGGCCAAGACUACGAUAGAAGAAAUAUGCGAGAAUGCCAAAUUAGCGAGGGACAUGGCUCUGACGGGGAACUAUGACUCGGCCUGCAUCUACUAUGAGGGCCUUCAGGGGCUCCUGGCUCGCCAGCUCAAGGCCACAGCGGACCCCCUGCGAAAGGGCAAGUGGAACAUGAUCAAUCAACAAAUCAGCCAAGAGCAUGCCAAGGUCAAGGCCAUCCAGCGCACCCUGCAGGACAUCUCGCUGGACUUGCAAGCCACCAAGUUCGCCCACAAGCUGCGACACCAACUCAGCGAAGACAGUUCUGCGAAUAAUGAUCCCUCCGCCUGGUUUAAGCCCGAUCCCGACAUUUGGACACCGCCUCCGAAGGACCCAGACGUCUGGGGACCACCGAAACCACCACCCACACAGACUGUUGGUCGCAGAGCCGCCCCCAACAACCGCCGGACGACAACCGGCGCCCAGGGCAGCCGACCCAACAGCACAAUACCACAGAGCACAUCCCGGAAUGGUCCUACCACUGCUCGAAACUCGCGGCAAACGACGUCGGCGGCAUCGAGCAACGGAGCCCGCCCCACCAAUGGCCGGGCUGGAGGUCGCAAACUAUCCACGUCCAACAACAACAACAAUGAGCCCAAGGAUGACGACUCCGGUGCUGCCAGCAACAAUGGGGCGGGAGGAGGCGGCGAGGGCGAGGGCGACCAGCAGGCUGCCCAGGAGGAAGAGAAGAAGUUCCAGCCCAAUAACCACAUCGAAGCUGAACUUGUCGACACACUCGAACGUGAUAUUCUGCAAAAGGAUCCUAAAGUGCGCUGGAGCGACAUAGCCGACCUGCACGAUGCCAAGCGGUUGCUAGAGGAAGCGGUCGUACUGCCCAUGCUCAUGCCGGACUACUUCAAGGGCAUCCGGCGACCCUGGAAGGGAGUGCUGAUGGUGGGCCCUCCUGGCACCGGCAAAACAAUGCUGGCCAAGGCAGUGGCCACGGAAUGCGGCACAACCUUCUUCAACGUCAGCUCCGCCACUCUCACAUCCAAGUACCGCGGCGAGUCCGAGAAAAUGGUGCGACUUCUGUUCGAGAUGGCACGAUUCUAUGCCCCGAGCACCAUCUUCAUCGACGAGAUCGACUCCCUGUGCUCGCGACGAGGAUCGGAAUCGGAGCACGAGGCGUCGCGACGCGUCAAGUCGGAGCUGCUGGUACAAAUGGACGGCGUGGGGGGAGGCGAGGAGCAGGCCAAGGUGGUGAUGGUGCUGGCCGCCACAAACUUUCCUUGGGACAUCGACGAAGCGUUGCGUCGGCGUCUGGAGAAGCGCAUAUACAUCCCGCUGCCGUCCGACGAGGGGCGCGAGGCGCUCCUCAAGAUCAAUCUGCGCGAGGUCAAAGUGGACGACAGUGUGGAUCUCACGUAUGUGGCCAAUGAGCUGAAGGGCUACUCGGGAGCGGACAUCACAAACGUGUGCAGGGAGGCCAGCAUGAUGUCCAUGCGGCGAAAGAUCGCCGGUCUCACGCCAGAACAAAUCCGACAGCUUGCCACCGAGGAAGUGGACUUGCCCGUAUCGAACAAGGACUUUAACGAGGCCAUGAGUCGCUGUAAUAAGAGCGUGUCCAGGGCGGACCUGGACAAGUACGAGAAGUGGAUGAAGGAGUUCGGCUCGUCAUGAUGGCGCUGCCAUAGGAGACAUGGCUAGCAAUUGUAGGAAUAUAUUUUUGAAUACCCUUUAAUUCCGCGCUUAAGUCUGUAAGCUUUUAAAGUGAGAACCGAACCGAACCGAUCCGAUCCGGAAGAAUUGAACAUAUUUUAUAUACAACAUUUUGCAUAUACAUACGGAUACAAUCAAUAUAUAUUUACAUUGUAUACAGUGAAGCGGUCGCCGUGGAAUUAAAAAAAAAAAAAGACUAACCGUUCUCUAAGAGGAAACAACCACACAAGCAAACAGAAAUUGAAUCCAAGUCGAUGAUGAAGUCAAGGUCGUGAGAUAGGCACUAUGUUUAUAUAUAUAUACACACACCAGCACACCCGCACACCCACACACUCCAUUAUGCACAAUCCUUCCAACUAAUCGCGUUAACCAGUAAUCGCACCUAAGGAAGCAAUAAGGAAUCGCUGCCCAGCCUUAACCCCGGAUGCCCGUUCUAACCGGAUAGCUACACUCCAUAUUGUUUCAUUUUUUUUAUCGAAAAGUUUAUUUUUAACAAGCAAUGUUCACUGUCUAAUAUUAAUGUUAAUUUUCGCUUAAUUUAUACAUAUACAUAUUAAAUUAUAGUUUAGUGCAGGCAGAGAAGUAGGGCAACUCAAGUGUUAACUUUAAAAACCAAGGCAGAAUGUUCCAUCUGAUCUGCAAUUAACCCAUUGCCGACAGAACAAGAACCCGAAGCAAUAUGUACUUAAACUGAAGAUUCUGAAAUUUUAAACAAUAAACGCAGUUUUUAACUUGA